GAUUGCCAUCGAACUCGAGAAUCAGUAUUGUGUACGUAGUGAAGACUGACUGAUUGUGGACGGGACUUCCAUAGUUUGCACUGACCGUGACCGCAUUGGGAAGUUGGCCGGUUUAGCCUUCUUAGCUGAGUUACGGAGCGCCGAUCGCCACCAAAUUAUUCUUCCCUAUCAAUCUUCACCGAGUCACUCCUUCUCUCGUAUCCCCGCCAGCCUCGAAUCCACUUUCUCCGACCAGGUUUCUCGUGUUUUCCACCUCUCUCCAGCUUCUAUUGAACCAUCAUCUUAUAAUCCCACAGCCUUCUGCUCUGUUACACUCAUAACCGCUUAGCGAACCGGGAGCCUCUCUUUCCCGGCGAUCGAUUCGGCAUCGGGUGACAGAUCACGUGUUCCGGGGAAGGCGUAACAAAUACCUCGGGCAAUGAUUCUUGAGCAAAGAAAGAGAGAGCAACAUUGCGACUGACACCACUCAUCGGCUUAAGAUAUGGUAGCGCCGGAUGGUGCUGGAGCAUCAGCCUCGCCGCCGGUCAAUGCCACCGACGCUGGGCCCCAGAAGCGAAAAUGGUGGAGGAUUUUCAGCUUCCCCAAAAUAAUCUGGGGUAAGCUAAAUAUGGACAUACCCACUUUGCUUCUCAUGAUGAAGGGAGCGCUGCCGCCUACGAUAUGUGUGGCCAUGUACCAAUCAGAUGCUGUAUCUGGCCAAUUCAACACUGUUGGCUAUCUGGUGGCCAUCAUUUCAAUCCUGGGCUUCUCCAUCAUGCCGCGGGCUAAAUUCAUCCAGAUGAUGGUGCUUGACAUUCUAGCAGUCUGCGUGGCCUCUGCUUUCGCAUUGCUCAUGAUGUACUGCUGUAUCAAGGCUCGAGGACAUACAGAGUCAUCUUCCCCGACAUCGAGUGCUACUUCGACGACAUCCACUUCGUACAAUGCGUCCGCAUCGGCAGUCAGUGGAGUCUGGCUAUUUUUUCAGAUCUAUGUGGUCCACACGUUCAGAGCAAAAUUUCAGCAGUUCCAGUUUCCCGUGAUUAUCUACUCUAUCGUUGCUAACGUCACAUUCACUUACGCCUCUCGCCUGGGGACCAUGGCUGCAGCAAUUGCAUUGGUCAAGAAACUGCUCGAAGCUUGUUUGACUGGGUUAGCAAUUUGCACCGGUGUAUCCCUGUUUAUUCUGCCCAAGAGUACUCGCGGGAUUGUUCUCAAACAAAUGGGAGGCUAUAUCCAAGGCCUACGCGGUGCUCUUAGAGCCCACACAGCGUAUUUCGAAUCCCUAGAGCGCGAAGAUAUGUUUGGGCGGGCGGAAACUUACGACUCUCGAGUGGAAAAGGUGACCGAGAAGGGGAAGGUGUAUAGCUCAGAGGCAGCGGCUAUUCGAACAGCUUGCCAGAAAAUCACAGACAUUCAUGCUAAGAUCCAUGGAGACUUGACAUUUGCAAAGCGUGAAUUCGCUAUCGGUAAACUGGGCCCCGACGACCUCCAGGCAAUCUUCAGACAACUGCGUCAAGCUAUGAUCCCGGUUGUGGGUUUAAGCUUCGUCGUCGACAUCUUCCAGCGCCUGUCCGACUACAAUAAGUGGAACCAGCCGAUUGACCCUGGCGCCCCCGAAGACAUACGCUGUCGUAUCGUGCAGGAAUGGAAUGAUAUCAUGAGAGCUGUGCAUGAUCCCUUCCGCUCUAUGAUUGACACGAUCGAUGAAGGCCUUCAGCAUGUGUCGUACGUCCUUGAAUUCAGCAAGCCGCCCAAAGAAUCACCCACGUCCAAGAAUGCCAACGAUGUUGAGGCCAAUGCAAGCCCGAAACCGGGCGAGAAAGGCUUUGCCGCCCACUAUGCAAAGAAGCUUAGUAACUUCAAGGCAGCUAAACGCAUCGCUCUACGGGCUUGGGGCGAAGAGAAAGGGAUCACCCUCCCUCCUGAUUUCUUCGAACACCCUUCUUCCGUCCACCUCGACGUGGACGAUAUUCCCUCGGAUAGCUCAGGGGUCGGACGGGAUCGGAGCCGAAGGCAGCUAUACUUGAUUCUCUACAUGGAACAACUCCUCAGUUCCACCGGUCAUGUCGUCCAGGACUUUGUUCACUUUGCCGACGAGAAGCGUGCGAGCGGGAAAAUGUCACGGAAACGGCUCGUUAUACCCGGAUCCAAACGCCUGUUGAAAUGGGUCGUAAGCGCUUUUAAAGCCGAAGAUACCCACGAAGACGAUAACCUUGGCGGCGACAUUAGCUCCCAGAACAAUAUUCUCCAGCUUGGCGAAGCAUACAAACACCGGAAAGACCCCGAACAUUUACCUCCGGAGAAUGGAUUACAAAGAUUUGGAGAUAAGCUUCGACGGAUACCUUCAGCACUGCGCUCACCCGAGUCUGCUUAUGGCUUCCGCGUAGCUUGCGCCACGAUGACCGUGGCCGUUGUCGCAUUUCUCCAUGAUACUCAGAGCUUCUUCGUGAAACAAAGAUUCGUAUGGGCCAUGAUCAUGGUCAAUAUGAGUAUGUCGCCGACCUCAGGGCAGAGCAUCUUUGGCUUUGUCCUUCGUAUUCUAGGCACUGUGAUAGCUAUGGUGCUUAGUCUACUGGCUUGGUAUAUUCCGGGCAAGAAGACCCCAGGAAUCAUUGUCUUCUUGUUCAUCUUCUUGACCUGCGUCUUCUAUGUGCCAAUCAAGCAAUUCCGCUUCCGAAUUAUUGGCAUUAUCACUAUCAUCUCUACUUCUAUGAUAGUGGGUUACGAACUGGAGGUUCGCAAGAUCGGAGAGGAGGUUGCCAGUUCUAACGGACAGCAGUAUUAUCCUAUUUACCUGCUAGCGCCGUACAGACUAGCAACGGUGGCCGGAGGUAUCGCCGUUGCAUUUUUCUGGACCUUCUUUCCUUAUCCGAUCUCGGAGCAUUCUGCCCUCCGCCAGAGUCUGGGGGCAUCUUUAUAUCUUUUGGCAAACUACUAUUCUGUCAUUCACGAGACCGUAUCCGCGCGGAUGCGAGGCGACGAGGGUGACCUGGCACUGAAGACUUCCUCAGGACGGCGAUUGCUCAAGGCUCGCAACAAGGUGUUUUCCAAGCAGAUGCUCAUGUUGAACAGCUUGCGGACCUACUCAGGCUUCCUGAAAUGGGAGGUUCCUAUCGGUGGACGAUUUCCGAAGAAGCGUUAUGAUUCAAUUAUCACAUGUAUUGACAGCAUCGUCAGCUACCUGAGUCUUCUGGGAUACGCCUCGGAUACUCUCUUGCAACUUGGGCACGCUGAUGAUGAAUCGGAUUCCGCCUGGCUUCACGACUUUAGGAGACUGGUUGCUAGCGCACGAAUGACGACGCAUGAGGUAACAUCUGUGUUGUGCCUCCUCUCGGCUAGCAUCACGAAUCAACAGCCUCUCCCGCCCUAUCUGAAGACACCUCGUCCAUACAGCUUCUCUAAGAGGCUUGAGGCGCUGGACAAGGAUAUCUUGAAUUUGAGACAUAUCGCGGAGCCUGGCUUUGCUACGUUCUCAGUACUGCAGAUCUCCACCCGAUGCAUUGUUGGUGACGUGGAGAGACUGAUGAAAGACGUGAAGGCGUUGGUAGGCGAAUUGGACUUUUCCUUCCAUGCCAUUAGCACUGCGCACAGCACCAAGUCGUCAGCUGAAGUGUCGCGAGUGUCGAGGACGGACCUGGACAAAGUUGACUGACUUUGGUUUCUUCUGUAUAUAAUAUUCCAAUUUAACUCUGAGACAGUCUCAUGUAGCAC